AUGGGUAGCGGGGCCUCUGCCAGUGAUCCAAGGAGAGACGCAGCAGAGGAAGUUCUGCGGGAACCGAAGAGAGAGGAUGCUGCCCAGUCCACGCCGUGUCCAGGGGGAGGAGGCGCUGAGCAGCCAAGAGACAGACAGGACGGUGCGCUUCCCCCUGAGAAUCAUCCUGUGCUGGAAGAGAAGCAUGUUGAAUCUGCAGAGAGGAGCACAGAGGAUACAGAAGGGCCCCUCACACAAAUGCCCAAAUCUGAGACCACUCCACUACCUGCUGAUGCAUCCAGGGAGGACAUCUGCAGUACUGAGUUCCAAGAAGGUCCACCUAGUGUUAUGGUUGAUGUAGAUUCCAGCACUACAAGUAUGUCGGGAAGAGAGGAAAGUGAAGAUCCUGAGGAGAUUGAGAAGAGUUUCAAAACGCCUUAUGAAUCAGCUGUAGACAGUGAGGAAGUUCCACUGGCUUUUGAGAGUUUUCUCCACCGGAAUGGCAUACUCUACAGCUGCCUAAGCCAGCAUGGCCACAGGAUGUAUGUUGAUGAGUCAAAGGGACUUGUUCCUUUUCCAACGGAGUGGUAUGAUCAAGGAAGAUUUAUACGUGGGGAAAAUGAGGUAUUCGAUCAAUCUGAGGACCCCAUCAAUAGCCACAAUGUCAACAAUACAACAUCGGUGGCUGAUAAUGACCGAGCUGGCGUGGUCUACAUUCAGGGAAAGGGGACCGUCAUGACAUAUAUGUUUGAGGAAAAGGUGAACAUCUGCAGAUACUAUGAUAUUCAGUCAGGACUGUGGCUCUUAUUACCUCUACAGUGGGAGAUGGACAUUGAUUUUGUCAAACAGAGCGUCAAAAGAAUUAUGGACACUCUUCCUGGUUUGGUGGACCAGAAAGAGAUAACAGCAGCACUCAGACUGUGCAACUAUGAUCCUGAUGAGGUCAUGUCUGUCUACCUCACUAUAUUUGGUGACAGCCUUUUUCAGUCCUCCAGCAAAGCACAACAUGUUUCAGAGCUGAAUUCUUUCCGGAGCCAUUUGGAAAAGGACAGGCUGAUUGAAGAUCUCAAACAAAAACUUCACACGAAAGAGAGUGAACUAGAGAAACUUUUCCAGAGGAACAGCUACUUAAAUCGAGAUGCCGAGUACCUUGCUGACAUGGUCCACCACUUGAACCAGCGAGUAGCUGAGCUUGAGGCUGACAAACAAGAGGCCAGUGAGAAAAUCCGAGCCUUGUUGAACCGAAGGUCCACCAAAGUGCCAGCCAAGGUGCCCCCUAAACCCUCUGUAGAUCUGGAGCACCUCCGACAAGUCAGCCGUUUGACUCGUGAGUUGAACGUCUCCAACAAGCAUCUGAGCUCCACUGUGCGGCACGUGCUGGUGGAUUUGCAGAAUCACUUCAAGCAGUUGAGGGAGCUGGUGGAGAAGAUGACUGAAGCAGAACAACACAGGGUUAAGGAGCAAGAGGAGCUUCGCUCCCUCUACAUGAAAGAGGCCCUGGAGAGAAAAACUUUGUUCAACAAACUCCUAGAGCUUCAAGGGAACAUCCGGGUAUUCUGCCGAUGUCGAGGUAACACUACAGCAAACUCCUGUCUGGAGGUGCCAUCUGAACAGGAGAUUGCAGUCAGUCAGAAAGGAGGCAAAAAGAAAUUUAACUUUGAUAGGGUCUAUUCACCAAACUCUACUCAGGAACAAGUAUUUGAGGGCACCCUACCCAUCAUAACCUCUUGUGUUGAUGGAUAUAAUGUAUGCAUCCUAGCCUAUGGCCAGACAGGCUCUGGGAAGACAUACACAAUGAUGGGACCUAAAAACAAUCCAGGAGUUAAUAUAAGGUCUGUCAGAGAAUUGCUGUCUAUAUGCAAAAACAGAGAAAAUGUAACAUACACUCUAAAGGUUUCCAUGUUAGAGAUCUACAAUGACAGCCUGAAUGACCUUCUGGCAAAGAACCCAAGUACUCAUCUGGACAUUCGUACCCAAGGAAAAUCUGUCACUGUUCCAGGUUUGACACAAGUUGAAGUCAAGACCGAGGAUGACAUUUUGCAUGUUAUGGAGAUGGGUGAAAAGAACAGAAAGAUAGCAUCUACCAAAAUGAAUAUUGAGAGCUCUCGCUCUCACCUCAUCCUCACCUUGAGCGUGGUCGGGGCAGACAGCAUCUCUGGGGUCACCUCUCAUGGGACACUGACCCUGUGUGACUUGGCCGGUUCCGAGCGCAUCUCUAAGACCGAGGCCAAAGGGCAGCGCCUGGUGGAAGCAGCAGCUAUUAACAAGUCCCUCACAGCGUUAGGACAGGUUUUCAGUGCACUGAAAUGCAAUGCCAUUCAUGUGCCUUUCCGAAAUUCAAAACUCACACAUCUGCUUCAGCCAUGCCUUUGUGGAGAUGCCAAGGCUUGUGUGUUUGUGAAUGUAAGUCCAGAUGCACCAAACAUAGUUGAAACUCUUAGCACGCUCCAGUUUGGCUCUUCAAUACGUCAGGUGGCACUGGGAAAAGCUACGCAGAAUGUCACUUCAACACCAAACACCAAGCAAGACAAAUGACUCCAUUACAGACCUAUGGACAGUAUGUGUUCUUACAGAAGUAGAUACACACUUACUGUUCUCAUCUGUCCUUUUAAAAACAUAUGUCCAUAAAUCUUACUGAACAAGUUAGUG